AUGUAUCAGCCGUUCCACUCCCCCGUGGCGCCCUUCAGCAGCGCAGCCGGCUCCGGUCACCUAUGUGAAACAGUCGCUCUGUGCCAGUCGAUCUUGGCGCGCUACCGACGGACCGGCACUUCCUUUUCCACCACGGAGCUGAAGGCAAUUCAGGCCCUGCGCACUGCGUUCCCUGAUACUGCGCAAGGGUCCGCUGCAAAUGGCUCGGCUUCGCAGCAACAGCUCACCGAUGACUUCCUGAACAGCCUCGAUACGACCGACAUACAGCACAACCUACAAGACGACAUUGUCGCGCUUGUGGAGGAGUGCUGUGACUGCACCAAGGAGCCAACAGCAUUAUUCGCAGCAAUCAACGAGUGCUUCUCUAGCGUUACUGGCUCGCGCAAUGUUCGAACCUACAUGAUGAACGCGAACGACAAUAUCCUUUGGGACCCAGUCAACGCCGUUGCCGCCCUUGUCGACAACGUCACGUCCCUGGGCAAGUGUGCCCAGGGCUGUAACAUGAUGACCAUUGCAAACACCCUCUAUAUCCCCCUUAGGUUUUCUUCUGAGCUGGUUGGGUGCGUGGAGGCGCCUAGUGGCUGCAUCCCGAGGGAAAAGACCGCCAUGACCCAACUACUGCUCCGGAUCAUCACCAUUGCGGUUCGCAACACCAUCAAUGUCUGCCUCAAGAAGUGUGAGGUGAACAAAGUGGAAGCCAUGGUAAACAUGGCGACACGGCUUGCGCGCGACACGCUGGAGGAGUCGGUGUUGGUGCAGUCCAUCAUCAACACGGCGAAGACGCUGACGGAGAGCGACCGGUGCAGCAUUUUCCUGGUGAAGGCGGACGGCAGUCUGAAGGCGCACUUUGAGGACGGCAACGUUGUGGUGGUGCCUGCUGGGACAGGCAUCGCAGGCUACGUUGCGGAGUCGGGUGCUGUGGUGAACAUCCCGAACGCGUACGAGGACGAGCGGUUCAACCGGUCUGUGGACAAGGUGACUGGCUACCAUACACGCACGAUUCUGUGCCUGCCGAUCGCGUUCGAGGGCACGAUCGUUGCCGUUGCUCAGCUGAUCAACAAGCUGGACAUGGUGACAGAGAGCGGGCAGCGGCUGCCACGGGUGUUUGGACAGCGCGACGAGGAGCUGUUUGAGACGUUCUCCAUGUUUGCUGCCGCGUCGCUGCGCAACUGCCGCAUCAACGAGACGCUGCUGGCGGAGAAGAAGAAGGGCGACGCGAUCCUGGACGUUGUGACGGUGCUGUCGAACACGGACAUCCGCGACGUGAACAGCAUUGUGCGGCACGUGCUGCACGGUGCGAAGAAGCUGCUGAACGCGGAUCGGUCUUCGAUGUUUCUGCUGGAUAAGGAGCGCAACGAGCUAUACAGCAAGAUGGCCGACAGCGCGAACGAGAUCCGAUUUCCGUGCGGGCAAGGCAUUGCCGGCACUGUUGCCGAGUCCGGCGUUGGUGAGAACAUCAUGGAUGCGUACGCCGACUCGCGCUUCAACAGCGCUGUGGACCGGCAGCUGGGCUACCGUACUCAGUCCAUUCUGUGCGAGCCAAUCAUGCUGAAUGGCGAGGUGCUUGCCGUGGUGCAGCUCGUUAACAAGCUCAGCGACGAUGGUAGUGUGUCCUGCUUCACAUCCGUGGAUCAAGAGACAUUCAAGGUGUUCUCACUGUUUGCCGGUAUCUCGAUCAACAACAGCCAUCUACUGGAGUUCGCCGUGAACGCAGGCCGUGAGGCAAUGAACUUGGGCCUGCAUCGCAACAGCGUUUCAGCGCUUCGUGGUCUAAAGGGAGUGAAUGUGAUUGAAGUGACGCCGGAGGAGCGUGAGGCGGUGAUGUCGAUCGACUUCGGGAGUGCAUAUGACUUCGCUUCGCCGAACUUCAACCUGUUUGAAGUGCGCGAGAGGUGCAGCGAGCCAAUGGAUGCGGCUGCCGGUGUUGCGUACAAUCUGCUGUGGAACACUGGCCUGCCGGAGAAGUUUGGCUGCCGUGAGCAGACGCUGCUGAACUUCAUCCUGCAGUGCCGCCGUAGGUACCGUCGUGUGCCGUACCACAACUUCUACCACGUCGUGGAUGUGUGCCAGACGCUGCACACAUACCUGUACAUUGGCAAGGCGUCGGAGUUCCUGAUGGAGCUGGAUUGCUACGUGCUGCUCAUAACUGCACUGGUGCACGACCUCGACCACAUGGGUGUGAACAACAGCUUCUACCUGAAGACGGACUCGCCGCUGGGUAUUCUGUCCAGCGCGAGCGGGAACAACUCCGUGCUGGAGGUGCAUCACUGCAGCCUCGCCAUCGAAAUACUGUCCGACCCCACCGCGGACGUGUUCGAGGGGCUGGGCGGGGACGACGUCGCGUACGCGUACCGCUCCCUGAUUGACUGUGUGCUGGCCACUGAUAUGGCUCGUCACGGUGACUUGCUGAAGGUGUUCGACGAUAUGGCGAAGGGCAACUACGACUGCAGUAAUGAGGCCCAUCGUCGCCUGGUGUUGCAGACGCUGAUUAAGGCCGGUGACGUGUCGAAUGUGACGAAGCCGUUUGAGACGUCGCGCAUGUGGGCGAUGGCUGUGACGGAGGAAUUCUACCGCCAGGGUGACAUGGAGAAAGAGAAGGGCGUGGAGGUGUUGCCGAUGUUUGACCGGUCGAAGAACACCGAGCUGGCACGUGGGCAGAUUGGCUUCAUCGACUUUGUAGCUGGCAAGUUCUUCCGGGACAUUGUGGGCAGCUUCUUUCAUGGAAUGCAGUGGUGUGUUGACACGGUAACCUCCAACCGUGCGAAGUGGCAAGAUAUCCUGGACGGCCGCCGCGUGUCGGCGGUAUCUGUAGGAGUUUAA